UCUUCAUCAUCAACCCUGACACAGGAGUUGUGAAACUGAAUGCUUCUCUUGAGGGAGAUUAUAAUGAGAUGUAUUCUAUACGUGUGAUAGCCUAUGAUUCAUGUGACCCGAGACAGACCAAUGUAGCCCUAGUAAAAGUGCAUGUAGAGCGUAACAAGAAUGUACCAAAAUUCACCAAUGACAAUGUUAAUGUGACAAUCGUUGAGACUUACCCUGUAGGCAAGAAUGUCACCCAGCUGUUUGCCAAUGAUAAAGAUCCUGGUGUUAAUGGUAAAAUAACUUACCAUCUGAUUAACACAAAUGGUGUGGAAGAUUACUUUUACAUCAACCCCGAGACAGGUGUAAUUGUGGUUACUACACCACUGACUCAGGAACCCCAGAGGAACAGACAAUAUGUG